AUGUUGCACUUGAACACCGUCCCCGAAGAUUACGUGAAGAAGACCUCUCAAUAUGCCCAGGUGGCAUUGGCGUGCGGGCGCGCCGCCCACCAGACCGCAUUGCGAGGGGCAACUACCCCUAACCCUCAACUUGCUGCUUUAACUCCUAAGGUGCGUUCGUUCGUAGAACGUAGUGCCGCACUCUGCCAACCUGACCAUGUCCAUGUGUGCGAUGGCUCUGAGGCUGAGGCAGCUGCGUUGUUGCACAUCAUGCAACAGCAAGGUACCCUGAAAAGGUUGCCGAAAUAUGACAACUGUUGGCUAGCUCGCACGGACCCAGCGGACGUUGCCCGCGUGGAAUCCAAAACCUUUAUCUGCUCGGAACAUGAAAGAGAUGUGGUACCAGUCGCUCGCAAAGGCCAGAAGUCGGCUUUGGGGAACUACAUAGCUCCUAAUGACUACGACAAGGCUGUCUCUGAUAGAUUCCCAGGGUGUAUGAGAGGACGUACGAUGUAUGUGAUUCCGUUCUCCAUGGGGCCUGUUGGCUCCCCGCUAUCGAAGAUCGGUGUGGAAGUUACUGACUCGCCCUACGUCGUCUACUCUAUGCGAGUCAUGACCAGAAUGGGUGCUAAGGUCUUAGAUGCUCUUCGCCAAGACGAGAAAUUUGUUCGUUGCCUGCACGCUGUAGGCACCGGAGGCGGUACCCCGGGCUGGCCCUGCGACCCCUCCCGUACUAUUAUCUUGCACAGGCCUGCUGAUAAUGAGAUCGUUAGUUAUGGAAGUGGAUAUGGAGGUAACAGCUUGUUGGGUAAGAAGUGCUUUGCCCUUCGAUUGGGAUCGGUCAUCGCGAGGCGGGAAGGCUGGCUUGCAGAGCACAUGUUGAUUGUUGGAGUUACAGACCCGAAAGGCCGUAAACGGUACAUCGCAGCUGCUUUUCCAUCCGCAUGUGGCAAAACCAAUUUGGCUAUGAUGACCCCGACGCUGCCAGGAUAUAAAGUCGAGUGCGUGGGUGAUGAUAUCGCCUGGAUGAAGUUCGAUAAGAAUGGCGUAUUGAGGGCCAUCAAUCCGGAGAAUGGGUUCUUCGGAGUUGCUCCAGGCACAUCAGUAGCUACAAACCCAAUCGCGAUGGCAACCGUUUUCAAGAACACGGUAUUCACAAAUGUGGCGGAGACUAGUGACGGUGGUGUUUGGUGGGAAGGCAUGGGAACUCCUUCAGAGAAUCUGAUUGACUGGAAGGGCCAGCCGUGGAAUGCCAGCAAAAAGACCCCUGCUGCACACCCUAAUUCUAGGUUCUGCACACCCGCUGAGCAAUGCCCAAUAAUCGACGGUGACUGGGAGAGUGCUGAAGGUGUUCCUAUUUCUGCUAUCUUGCUCGGAGGCAGGCGCCCAGCUGGGGUACCUUUAGUUGUCGAAGCUAGAGACUGGCAACAUGGUGUAUUCAUGGGAGCAUCGAUGCGAUCUGAGGCUACUGCUGCUGCUGAACAUGCUAACAAAACGGUAAUGCAUGAUCCGUUCGCCAUGCGUCCAUUCUUCGGCUACAACUUCGGCGAGUACCUGCAGCACUGGCUGUCCAUGCCCCAGGCUGGUCGCAAGAUGCCCAAGAUCUUCCACGUCAACUGGUUCCGUAAGAGUGCUGAGGGCAAAUUCCUUUGGCCCGGUUUCGGCGAAAAUGCACGAGUGCUUGACUGGAUUCUCCGUCGUUGUGACAACGAACAAUGCCACAUCGAAACUCCUCUUGGGUACGUCCCAGCUGAGGGCGAUCUCAACGUAGAGAAUCUUGGACCUAUCGACUUAAAGACUCUCUUCAGUAUACCUAAGGACUUCUGGCUUCAGGAAGCUGAUGCCAUCGAAAAGUACUUCAAGGAAGAAAUCGGCGCGGAUUUGCCUAAAGAAAUGAUUGACGAAUUGAACAAACUCAGGAAGAAUGUUCAAAAUUCUUAA